AUGAAAAACAUUUCAAAAGUUAAAAGAGUAAUAAUUUUUGGUCUGGAUGGAAUUGGUCGCUUUUUUCAACAAGCCAACACACCAACCAUAGACAAUUUUUUGGCUUCAGGGGCUAGUACCUUGAAAGCCCGAGCGAUUUUUCCAACUGAUAGUGCUGAAAACUGGAGUUCAAUAUUAACUGGAGUUAAACCAGAAAAGAACAAGCACCGGUUAAAACACGAAGAAUUGGAAACCGGCGAUUCAUAUCCAGAAAACAGUUCUUUUCCCAGUCUUUUCAAAUUGAUUGCCACAGAGUUUCCUGGAGCCAAAAUGGCUUCUUUUGCUGUACCAGUACAUCGCUAUGCUCCUCUAAUCAAUGAAAGUGAAACAAGACAAAAAGAAUUAGAUAAGCACUAUCAAGACAAAAGUUCCAUCUAUGACAAAGAUGUAGUUACUCGAGUAGUUGAAUACAUUAAAAAUGAUGAGAAUAAAGACACAAAAUUAUUAUUCAUUCAUUUUACUGAUGCCGAUGAACAUGGCCAUCAUUGGGGUUAUGGUACGUCGCAACAUCUAGAACAAAUUAAAACCAUGGAUUCACAAAUUGACAGAAUUCUCGAAACAGUUGAACAAGUAGGAUGA